CUCACUGAGCGCUGGUGGAGGCGAUGCGGCCCCACUUUUGCCAAGGCGGCGUCCCCUCCUGCCAGCGUCCCGCCUGCACGUCGUCUGGUGGCCGCCACACGCCGCUAACUCCCCGCGCUGCUCACAGAUGUCGCGGGCGGCGCGACCCGGCUCGCUGCUGCGCAUCCCCGGCCCUCAUGCUCUUAUUUACGGUUUGUUUAUAGUCGUGCAUCGUCACAUGGGCGCUCGGUGGGGCCAGGCGCGCUCCGACUGCUCGUAAUUUAUCCGGACGGAGACGGUGGUCGGAGGUUCGGAGUGGGGUGCAAGGCUCGCGCAGGGUCCGCGGGUCGGGCCACCUCGUUGCGCCCGCUACCACUCUCAUUAUCUUGUUAACCUCCACUCAUGCGGCCAUUCCUAUUGGUUGCUGUCGGUCACGUGCUAGUAUUCCCAGCCCAUAAAUGGAGUAAUGUGCAAGUGCUAGAGAGGUUUUCCUUCGAGUAGUGUCGCCAUAAUUCAUCAACAUUGGGUGGAACAGUGGACAGAAGGGCACUCGAGGAGCAAAUCACCUGCGGACUUCCGCGAUGAGCUCCUAUCAGUUCGUGAACUCUAUGUCCGCCUGCUACGGGCAGCGCGGACAGGACGCCAGUGUCGUGAACACAGACUACUACGGUACUUCUCUCAACAGUUACAACAACUGCUAUUCGCCUCCACUACAGUAUGGAGGCUACACACCUUCGGGAAUCUCAGUUGUCCCAAAUGGAAGCGAAUUUUCCGGCGGCGGCAGUAGCGGUGCCUCGGGGACUUCAGCCUCUGCAGCGUCAGGAUCGUCAGUGGGCACCCCGAGUGGCUCUGGGGGCAACACCACCCCGGGGCCCUCCGUGCAGGGUCGCCUCCACCAAACAUCCUCCUCACCUGCCUCCACACCACAGGCAUCCACCUCCUCCGCCUCCUGCAAAUUCGCCUCCACGCCCGAGUCCUCGGCCAACCCAGUAGGCUCCCCGCAGGACCUGUCCGUAUCAGCUGGCGGCAGCGGGCCCGGCUCGAGUAGCUCCGGAAGUGGCUCCGAGCAGAACAGCUCUAGUCAGGGCGGUGGGGGCGGCACCAGCACCUCCGCCGGAGGUGGAGAAGGUGCAGAAGGUGGAGAGAGUCUGGAGGGCGCCUCUGGAAGCUCGGGGGGCUCGUCCUCGACCAAGAGCCAGCCACAUAUCUACCCCUGGAUGAAGAGAGUACAUCUCGGCCAGAAUCAGAAGGAGGCGAUGAAGGAGGACCGUACAGUGAACUCCAACGGGGAGACCAAGAGACAGAGGACCUCCUACACACGGUACCAGACGCUCGAGUUGGAGAAGGAGUUCCACUUCAACCGCUACCUGACGCGGCGACGGAGGAUAGAGAUCGCCCACGCCCUCUGCCUCACAGAGCGACAGAUCAAAAUCUGGUUCCAAAACCGGAGGAUGAAGUGGAAGAAGGAACACAAGAUGGCCAGCAUGAACGCGGGUAUGGGUAUGCAUCCACAGGCGUACCACCAAAUGCACCACCAGAUGAUGCACCCUCAUCAUCUACACCCUCAUCUCGCAGACUUUGAAACGAAAGGCUACUACUAGGGAUCAGCCUGGUCGUGGUAACUCAUAUGCAGAUGACGUAGCCAGCGAGAGUGGAUGGCUGUGUUUAUCGGUAUGAGAUACUGCGACUAGGGUGUACCGGCGGACCAAACCCCCCCUGUCACUCAUCGACCGGACCUGGACAACUCUUUACGGACUGCUGCUCCCAACGCCAGACGACUUGAGGUAAACUACACGUUGAUUUCUGAGGUCCCAGGAGUACCCAAGAGAUAAAUAUAUAUAUAUGACUUGAAAUGCAAGAUGAUGGGAAUGGAAAGAAGAAGAGAUGUUCAGAGAAGAGGACAAGAGGAAGAAAAACAAAGUAGAUGCCGAGAAAAUGCCUUGGGGUAUCUCAGCUCACCUUGACAGUUUCCCCGAUUGUGUUCAAGAGAAGAAAAGACGAAAAACUAAGAAGAUAAGGAGACAUACAAGAGAUGGCUUAACAAUUAUGAGAAGGGUUGUGAUAAGAACAUGGAAAUGAAAUAGAAAUGUGUUAAGUGAUUCAGUUAACGUUGUCACCAUCAGUGUGACUUGUUCCUUGUAUAAGUUACUAUGUGAAGGACAUAAACCUGUGGAUUAUCACAACAAUAAGGAUGUGUAUUGUGAGUGGCAAUUAUAAGAGGAGGGUCAGACCUUACUCAGAGCUAUUUUCGGCACACCUUCCCUCAUGGAAUCAUAAAGAGACUUAUUCAUGAGUGAGAAAAUCUACUGUGUGUUGAGAAAAGUUCUAUACCUGGUCUGAAAACCUUGAAGAAAAGAAGUGAUUCACAAUAUAAUGAAAUGGAAGUUAUCUGGAAGAAUCAGUGUUAAGUGAUUAUAAAUUCUUGGGGUGAGUAGUUGUGUGAUGACGGUGGUGGUUUCACUCGAGGAGAAGGUGUGCUGUAGAUAAUAAAUGAGACAGUGUAAGAGAGACAGAAGAUACCUUGGGAAGAACAGUGUUAAGUGCUUGUAAUACAGAGAGACUUGGCCUCGUCCUGGGCACCACAGCUUUCACGAAAAUCAUCUCAAGGCUUCUUUCUCCGAUAGUCUUCAAAUAGCUCCUUGGUUGAACAUAACUUAUACUCACAUCACAAGAGAAAUUAUAAUUUAGCUUAAUCGGGAUGAAAUACUUCCUUCACACAAUCAGAUUGUGUAAAAAAAUAUAUAUUCAGUAUAAAAGAAGAAAAACUCCGUAGAAAUUACGCAAAUCAGAGUCGUCAGUUAACUUGGACAAGAUCGAGUUGUGAUCACGUGUAAGAAGAUAAUCUUAAUCAGUUUGCCAAAGCUCAGUGCGACCCCUGAUUAGUUGUUAUGAUUUGUAAGUUAGAAUUUUUUUCACUUCUCUGUUUUAUUGUUAAGAUAAAAUUAUUAUAUUUGUUCUUUCUUUUAACUCAUUGCCAAAAUGAUUCCCUGAUUAAUUGUUAUUCAAAUUGUAGUAAGAACAAGUUAAACUGGUACGCCAUGUAACGUUAUGUGGUUUACGAGUUACCUUAUGUUGAGUAGGUUUCCCUCCACGGGACAUCCAUUGUAUGUGAUGCUAAAAUAUGUACGGGCAGUGUUUUACACCUUGUAAUAUGUAUUAUUAAUCUCUCCUCAAAGGUGAACCACACUUUCCUCAAUAGCUGACACAAUACAGGUUUGAUUUUCCCCUCAAUAGUGUAAAAGAAACUAAGGAGUCACGUGACUAUUCCUUCAAUAGCUAACAGAUAAUAUGAAGGCUUUUUUAUUAGAGUGUUGUAUAAGACACGUCUUCAGUACCGUGCAAACAGACACAUGUGCAAGCAGAUAUGUAUGGAGAUAUGUACACUACAAUUUGCUGACACACUCACCACACACACACACACACACACACACACACACACACACACUUUCCUCAAUACUUAUAAAGUACAUUAAAUUUUUUCGAUGGUGUAAAAUUAAAAAAUAAAUAAAUCGCAUAACAUUAUUCAAAAAAGCUUUCAGAAGGCGCAUCAAAAUUUCCUCAAAGGCCAUUACAGAGUUAUGUGUACAAUACAAAUAUUUAUUAUUUUUUUGUUUUGUUUUAAUCGUGUAACGAAGAAAUUCUAAUCAAAUUUAUCCACUUCAGGAUCUUUUAAAAAUCAGAAGAGGAAAACAAUAUAACUUUAUACCAGACACUCUACUUUCUAUUGCAUCCAAAAUGCAUACUUCUCCGUUGCUUGAUAACAUUUGCAUUACAGAAUUAUUAUAUAUAAAAAAAAAUCGGAAAAAGAAGGUAUUUGAUCUAGCCUCCUGCCAGAGAGAGGCGCUCAGCUCGUAUGUACUGUACAUGAUGGUGUGUGUUGAUGCUGCUUGGCCAAGGUGAAUGCGGAUGUAAACGAGCCUCAUUUUGUGCAAUGCUGUCCAUAUGGCUUUAUUAAAUGGUGUAAAAAGUUAUAGCGAUGAUACUGUAAUCAUGGCGGUAGAUUUGUUGCGUAGCAGUAAGAGAAACAACCUCCUCCUCCCCCCUCACGUACAUGCUCCUCCCCCUCACAUACAUGCUCCUCCCCCUCACAUACAUGCUUCUCCACCCCCACACACAAUAUCCCCCCUCUUACAUACACCCUCCUCCACCUCCUCCACUUAAAACAACCCCCUAUCCCACCCAACUACCCCCUAUCCAAACCCGUCCAUCUCCUCAGCUCCCCCCCCCCUUUCAUCUAUCCUCCAUAAUAUUCUUCAUCCCUUCUCCUCCUCCUAUUUUUAUUAUUUCUUUUCUCUCCCCUUCCUCCUCUCUGUAAGUCCCUUUCUAUUCCCACACCAAUAUACCAUUACUCCUCCUUCACCUCUUCAUCUACUCCCUCAUCACCCCCACACAGUUCCACCCCUUGUACCACUCCCUCCUCCUCGCCCUCCAAUAUCAUCCCUUAACUCCUCCUGCAUCCCUUCGUCCUCCCUCCCUCCCACUCCAAAAUCACCCCCUCCCCCCCUCCCUCCAAAAAUAUCCCUUCUCCGGUGUUUUGUGAGUCGCCAGCCGCUCAUCCCACACGUGGCUGGAAUCUUUGAAGCAUUUCAUAGAAAAUGCGAGAUUUUUACAACAUAGGAAAUGACUGUAGCUUAUUCCUCAAAUUUUAUAGUUUUUAAAAGCCGAUUAUUUUAUAUCCAUUGAUUAUUUUCUUCUUCUUUCUUCCUCUCUAUUAUAUACAAGUUUAUGUACAUAUAUAUUUAUAUAUCUACUAAGAUAUAUGUAUAUAUGUAUACAGAACAAAUUUAUUUUUCAUAAUCGCGUACACCAAAAAAAAUUAUAACCAAUUAAUUUCUGAUGUUAUAUUUUACAUGUAAUAAUUUUCACUUUUGUCAUAUGUGGCAUUAGUUUUGUUUAUUCUUCUGACAAACAAAAAUAAAUAGAAAAAUAAUUGUAUACCUUCAGCUCAUGUCCAUUAUUGUUUCAUGGCAAAACACCGAUGUUGUAAUUAUUACCGCAAAUUAUUAUUAUUUUUUUUUGUACUACACAACAAUAGUUUCGCGUUAUGGAAUACGCUUUUUCAAAGUAUACGAUUAGUUUUAAGAGUUAAGCAAUAUUCCUGUAAAAAGUUGUCUACUGUAAAUUAACAAUGAUGAUAAUGAUAUGGAUAAUGAUAAGAAAAAAUCUUUCUAAAGGCAUAGAACACGAUUCAUUGACAAAAAUAAACUGUGUCCAAAUAGAAA